AUGUCCCGCGUCACCCACGAGCAGCUCGAGCACAAGACCCAAUCAGACCAUAGCCUUGUCCCAGCUUCAAGGUCUGCAACCAGCUGCGCGCACCCUGGGGACCUCAAACUCUCCCUCUCGCCUCUACACCAGAAACCGCUCGCUGUGAACAUCUCUACUCAGUCGCGCCUUCUUCCCGCGAAUGCGCCAAAUGCUCCCCGGUUGUCUUCUGACCCUCGUUGGCCGUCGCUCUGGCCGCGCCUAUACGAGUCUCCAUCCCCCUUCCCGCGAGCGCAUCCACGCAUCGUUCGUUACACCUCGGUGGUAGCACAGCACAUCUGCACAUCUCUGCUAAUCCGCCCGGGACCCACCUUUCCCCAUUCCCACGUUGACUCCCAGGACCCUAUGGACUACUAG